CCCCCCCCCCCCCCCCAAAAAAAAAGACAGAAAAAAUAAAUAAAAUUUCUGGCUCCAUGGUGGGAGCUCCGGCAAGAAAUUCUAGCCACUUUCACCCUUGUGUAAAUGUGCCUGAUUAUCUGACCACCCAAACACAACUUGUAGCUACAUAGUAAUACACGUUUUUGAUGAUACCAUUUGUUAUUCAUUUGACCUUUUUAAAAGUGAAAUGUACAACCAUAACUUGUAACAUGUGAGAUUUUAACCUCACAUGAAAUGCGCUCCUUUAAGGAGGCCUGCUGAAAAAUGCUUGUAUUUUUUUUUUCAAGUCAAAGUCCAAAUAAUAUGUAUUCGAGGUGCCAAACGCACUUUUACAAGAACACAUAAUGACUCCUCAAUUUAUCACAUACCAUGAAUCAGGUGUGCGAACAGUUUGUGUACCUACCGGAAAUAAAGCAGCAGCGUCCUAGACACAUUGAGACGCGGCUUUUAGUCUGAAGGGUUGGGCAGGAAGUGUCUGAUCUUCCAGCCUCUCUUAUGACACGUGCUGACAGCGAAUGAGCGAGCGAGCGGCUCAGGCUCAGCUGUUGUAAACUUGGAAGCAACAAGCCUACGACUUGUCUAUUUUGGAGGCGCUUUUGUCCCGGUUGGAACUUUUUUCUUUUCUUUUUCUUUUUUCUUUCCUUUUUGUUUGACCAUGUCGCUGGCGGUUGCGCUUUUGCUGCUGGUUCUCUGGCCGAACCCGCGUCCGUGCCGGCCCCUGGAGGAGGAGGGGGAUCAGCAGCGCCCGACCGGCGCCUGGCCGGAGCCGGACUGCGGCCCGUGCCGACUCGAGCUGUGCCCGGCGGGGCCGCUCGGUUGCCGGGCCGGCGUGGUGUCGGACCGCUGCGGCUGCUGCCCCGAAUGCGCCAACCUGGAGGGCCAAGCCUGCGACCCGGGAGGCCAAAACGUCCUCUUCGGACUCUGCGGAGACGGGAUGCGCUGCCAGGCGGAACCGAGACGCCACCAACACCACUACCACCCCGAGGACGAGGAGGAGGACGAGGAGGAGCAGGUGUGCGUGUGCCAGCGGCGCGAGGCGGUGUGCGGGAGCGACGGAGUGACCUAUUCAAACAUGUGCCACUUGAGGGAGGCCGCCUACUCUGACCCCAAACUGCACAAGAAAGGGAAGGGCCCUUGUAAGACGGUCCCGAUCAUCAAAGUGGCCCCUAGAAGUCAGGUGAAUGGGAGCGGCAGCCAUCUGGUCUUCCUGUGCGAGGUCUUCGCCUUCCCCAUGGCGGCCGUGGAGUGGCGCAAGGACGGCGCCGACGACGAAGCGGGCGAGGAGAGGGUCCGGGACGGCGUCCUGCCCGGAGACGACCCGCACAUCUCGGUGCAGAGUCGCGGCGGGCCGUUGCGCUUCGAGCUGUCCAGUUGGCUGCAGAUCGAAGGGGCGGAGCCGCGCGACUCCGGUACCUAUCGCUGCGUGGCCCGCAACAGCCUGGGCGCCGUCUCCGCCUCGGCCGUGCUCGGCGUGCUGUCGCCCGAGGAGCUCUCGUCCUACUCUGCCGAUCGCGCGUCUGUCGCGAACGAGCCCGGCCACGACCGUGACUCGGUCUGAGGACGAGGAGUCGAUGACGUGGCCCGCCGCAAAUUGCGCACCGCAAAUGCCUAAAAUAUAUUCUGAGUCAAAACAAGAUUGGGAGGACGGAGAUGAAAAAGGACAUUUUGGCUGCCGUGGUGUACAGUAUCUCACAAAAGCGGGUGCAACCCCCAUGAAAUCCCAUCUUUUCAUGGGACGACGCUGAAGAAAUGACACACAAUGAAAAGUACAUCAGUCUUGCUCCUGAUUUAGCACACGACUGUACUUCAGAUGUACUGCCAUACUAAAGAAGUAUUUAACAAGUGUUCAUUUGUAUUGACUCAUUGGGAAAGAAUUGAUUUCAUUUCAAGAAUCUAACCCUAAAAUCAUUUUGGAGUGAACUUUUCCCUAAACAUACAUCUACUAUAGGCUAUUAAGAUCUACUGAAUAUUGUCAUGUUUAACAAAUGAAAGUAGAGUAGAAGGAUUUUCCUCCUG